GGACGCGACCAAGCUGAACCAAGCCAAUUCCCCCUUGUUUACUAUCUUUCGGAUGAACCCCACGACAACGACAACGACAACGACAACGACGACGGCGACGGCGACGGCGACGGCAUCCACAACAAAGAGCAAUGCAAAGGCAGCCACACCCAAGCCAAUAGCAUCAGCAGCGACAACGACAACAACAGGUUCUAUCAAAAGAAAGAAAUGCAGUAGCCAUAAAAGGCAAUCGCUUGUGGUAGAAAAGAGACGUUCAGCCCAUGCGACGAUGAUGGACGCGGAAGACGAAGCGGACGACGACGAGGACGACGAGGACGACGAGGAGGAGGAUAUCUCUUCCUGUUGUUCGUCCAGCCAAAGUGAUGAUUCUGAUUGUGACAGUGGCGUGGAUUUUGACUGUGAAGUAUUUCCUCAGAAUAAAACGAAAACCAAGAACAAGAGCAACAACAACCACCGACGCCAUCGUCACCGUCAUCAUCGCCAUCAUCAUUGCCGUCGUCAUACCCACCGUCGCUCGCAACUGCAAAGAAGACCGAUCCCUGUGCUGUAUGGUGGUGAGCAGCAGCCCUCUGCCUACUUGUUGCAGCAUCAGCUGCCUUAUCCACCGCCGCCGCCGCCGCCGCCCUCUCUGCAACCCCCCAUGUAUCUCUCCUCUCAACAACAACAACAACAACAGUUGGAUCAGUUCCUCUUCAACGACAAUGCCUUCUUUUUCCCUUCCACUACACCGACACCUACACCGGCGCCUGCGCAUGCGCCAGGCAAUGCCUCUCAUCCUCAGGAUUUUUUAUUUAUGGAUCAGCCGCUGAUAGCAUCCAAUCACACGACGGUGCCAGCACCCACCUCCUCCUGCCCCCAAGAUUAUUUGACUUCUCUACUGGACUUUCAAGCACCCCAAGCACAACCCAAUCAUAAUAAUACCCAUAUACCAACCUCCACCCCUUCUCCCAUGAUGAUCACGCAUCCUUUCCCUCAUUCAGCACCACCCACAGCAUCCACAUCUCAAGAGACAUCCUCCUUUAUCCCUACACCCACCUCCGUGCAAGAUUUCCUGUAUACUCCUUAUUACAUGCAGACGUGUCCAUCCAACGCGUCUUCCAACUCUACAACGUCCACAAGGACAACCCACAAUCCAUUACAACCCUCUCCGUUACAACUCCCUCUCGCGGAUUAUAGUCAACCCAUCUAUAACCCUACAACGCCUCAACCCACUCAUCAAGGAGGUGCUGGCUUUUGUCUUUAGAAAAAAACAAAAGCAAAAAAAAAACCAAAAAAACCAUAGAAUCUGU